AUGGAAGAGUCUCCGGUACACCGAGCCUUUUCUUGCUCAACUCAUGAGAUUGAGCGCCAUCUCCUGGCCACCGAUGCUCAACACAGGGCUGCUCGUACCAGUGUGCAGGCCACCCUUGACCAUAUCUCAACAAGUACAAAUAGGUUUACAGGACGCAUCCGCGUACCCGUCGUGGUUCACGUGGUAUGGAAGGAAGAAGAGCAGAAAGUCACAAUGGAGCAAGUUACUAGCCAAAUCGAGGCAUUGAACAGGGAUUUCAACGCCCAAAAUAAAGACAUUGAAGACGUACCUCUACCAUGGAAGGAAAGAGUGGGUAACCCCAACAUUACAUUCUUUCUCACUCGACGCGACCCAGCAGGCCAACCACACGAUGGUGUAACAUGGGCCAAGACCGAUGUCGAGCAGUUCAGUAAAAAUGAUGUCAGGAUGAAAUACGUAAAGACAGGUUCACCGACCUGGGACAGAGAUCGAUUUCUCAAUAUCUGGGUCGUCAACAUGGCCAAGAACUUGGGCUUUGCGUUUUUCCCGGGCGCCAAGAAGGAACUGGACGGGGUCGUGAUUCAGUAUACUGCUUUUGGCACAGUCCAAACAGCUAGCAAUACGCUUUCCCCCUAUAUAAUCUGGGGCGAACUCUGGUCCACGAGGUUGGCCAUUACCUCAAUCUACCACACGUGGAGUGAGGAGAAUUACUCCAAGCCGCUUUAUCCGAAGAUCAAUUCUUUGGCAAACGGGAGCACCAAUGCGAACGAAGGGGGUGACAUGUUUAUGAAUUACAUGGAUUACUGUGAUGAUGACACGACCGUCAUGUUCACUCACGGUCAAGUCGCAAUGAUGAGGACUACACUAACAACUAUGAGAUCGACGGUUUUUUGGUCCAGCUUUUCUUUGCCGCUUCAAAAGGAACCGACGUCAUUUGAGUUGACUGAUAGCACCACUAAAUUCUUUAUCCUCAAUUGGCAAAAGUGGGGCGGAAAUGCACUGAUUGCCAUUAAGAGCUCGGCCUCAGACCCCAACAACAUAGACUUUCUUUUCACGAAUAAAGUCGAUGAUCUGACAGCGGAGGUGACCACUCAGCAGAUCAGUAUUCCACAAGGAUCUCCUCAGAACAGCCGUUACGUCGUAGGACAACUUGAAAAGGAUGAUAAGGAUCCGUGUCUAUUUGUCCUCAAGCAAAGUGGGACUCUCGAGAAGAUCACAGUGAUUGAAGCCUAUUCCUUAUCGAAUGGCAACAAGAGACUAGAUGCGAUUGAAACGCCACUUCCAGGGACUGAUGGCAAUUGGUCAUUCCUCCUGGCCUACUGGAAAGGCGAGGCGAGAGAGAAGCGACAUGACGUUGUUGCGAUCAAAAAAUUCCACACUAUCAACAAAAAGGUCGAAAUCCAUGUGCUAGAUGGCGCUUCGGAUUACAAGAAUUGGCUUGCUCACAAGUACACUGCGCUUGAUGAGAUCCCUGAACAGGCCGACUUCGUCAUGACCGACUGGAACGGCGAUGGAACCCUAGACUUAGUCGCGAUCAGUAAGGCCUCCGACGGCUCAGCCUUUUCAGUUGAUAUUCUGGCUGGAGCUGCAGACUAUCGAGACUUUCUCGUCAGAGCUGAAGUGAAAGCCGCAAUUCUGAACACGCAUGUGGACUACGACUUCGCUAUGACGGAUAUGACGGGAGAUGGACGACCAGACCUAGUCGCCAUACAGAAGUCAGGUUUGCGGCCAAAGAAAGGAGAAAAGAAAGCAAAAGCUCAGAUCAUUGUUCUUGCAGGAUGA